GCUUUUUGUCCCAAUAACAACGAAGUGCAUAUCUAUAAGAUGUUGGAAGGCAAGUGGGAGAAGAUCCAUGUUCUUCAUAAGCAUGAUCAACUUGUUUCAGGAAUAGACUGGAGCAGACGCACGGAUCAAAUAGUUACUGUUUCUCAUGAUCGGAAUUCAUAUGUUUGGUCACAAGAAGCAUCGGAAUGGGUCCCAACUCUUGUAAUCCUCAGGCUAAACCGUGCAGCACUUUGUGUGCAAUGGAGUCCAAAAGAGAACAAAUUUGCUGUUGGAAGUGGAGCUAAAACUGUUUGUAUAUGCUACUAUGAGCAAGAGAACAAUUGGUGGGUCAGUAAAAUUAUACGGAAGCGGCAUGAUUCUUCUGUAACAAGUAUUGCUUGGCAUCCUAAUAAUAUAUUACUUGCAACCACCUCAACAGAUGGAAAAUGCAGAGUUUUCUCCACUUUCAUUAAAGGUGUAGAUACCAAGCACACUUCCAGUGGUUCUGAUUCAAAAUUCGGAGAGCAAAUCAUGCAGCUUGAUCUUUCACGCAGUUGGACCUUUGGUAUCAGGUGGUCCCCAAGUGGAAAUACCUUAGCCUACGCAGGCCAUGAUUCGAUGAUCUACUUUGUUGACGAAAUUGGUCCCUCUCCAUCUGCUCAAAGUGUAGCAUUCCGAGAUCUGCCUCUUCGAGAUGUUUUAUUCCUUUCUGAAAGAAUGGUUAUUGGUGUGGGAUAUGAUUGCAAUCCCAUGGUAUUCGCGGCAGAUGAAAGGGGUUUAUGGAGUUUCUUGAGGUUUCUUGAUGAGAGGAAACAAACUUCAAAUGCAAAAUACGGUUCGCAGUUAUCAGGGACAUUUGGAAAAUUGUACGGCCAAUCGAAGUCUGGUAGCAAUGAGGCCAAUGAGUCUUCAAGAACACGUGCUCAUGAUAAUUGUAUAACUUCUGUUGUGCCUUUGAAGAAAACAAGGGAUGCCACAGUUACUACAUUCACCACUGCAGGUUCGAAUACAUUUCAGCACUUGAUGGAUGGCAAGGUAGUCACAUGGGAUUUACAACAGCAACAAGAUCUGAUGGAAUAUUUACAAGGAUGA